AUGAACGGGUUCAGCGACCCGCCUCUUUUUAUAAAAGAUAUUAAGCCCGGGCUGAAAAACUUAAAUAUCGUCUUUAUAGUCCUGGAGAUAGGACGCGUGACCAAAACCAAAGACGGCCAUGAAGUGAGAUCGUGCAAAGUAGCAGAUAAAACGGGCAGCAUCACCAUUUCCGUGUGGGAUGAGAUUGGAAGUCUCAUCCAGCCAGGGGAUAUUAUUCGAUUGACCAGAGGGUAUGCAUCCAUGUGGAAAGGAUGUCUCACACUUUAUACUGGAAGGGGUGGUGAACUUCAGAAAAUUGGGGAAUUUUGUAUGGUGUAUUCAGAAGUGCCAAAUUUCAGUGAACCCAGUCCAGAUUAUCGAGGACAGCAGAACAAAGGGGUGUACAGUGAGCAGAAGAAUAAUUCUGUGAAUAGUAAUAUGGAUAUAGGUACAUUUGGACCCUUGGGAAAUGGUGUUCAAACCAACUCAGAAUCCAGGGGAUAUCAGUUUUCCUAUGGUGGUAGAAGUAAUGGCCGAGGACCUAUAAAUCCACAGCUACCAGGAACAGCUGAUAACCAUACAGUUGUGACUACAAUAAAUAAUGGCAGGGACCCUCGGAGAGCAUUUAAAAGAUGA